AUGGCCGCCUUGGUGCAAGCCCUCUACAGGAAGCCACACGUGGCCCGGCACGCAAAACACCUACGAUUAACAAAGUGGUGCACUGAGGACCAGCUCCGUGACAAUGAUGACCCCCACUCCGAUGACGAACCCAGGCGGCAGCGACCCACCGUCGACGAAGCAUUGAUGCGCACCGUCCUGAAAAAGGUCUGCCCGCACCCCGAGGAGCAAACCAAAUGGAUGGGCCAUCUGAAACGGGCGAACCUCGACGCGUGGGUUGCGCUGUUGCUUCCCGCAUUGCCCAAUCUGCAGACCAUCAUCCUGUCGGUACCCCAGCAAGAUCCGACCUUCUUCCGGAAGACGUUGAUCCAGCUGGUGAAUGCGAAGAUCCAGGUGGACAACACACCAGCGCUCUCGAAACUCCAUUCUGUGUCGCUGAUCACUCAAACGUCCGACGACGCGUUCGAGAGCGAGAAAGAUGCCGCCUGCGCCGUGCCGUUUUUCAAACUCCCGUCUAUGCGCAAGGUCGCGGGAUCCUCCGUGCGAGACCCCUCGGAUGCGAGUAUGCAACGCUGGACGGACGGACUCGGGCUUACGCCCCACUCCUCGUCGGUGACACAGCUUGAAGUAGACUGUGGCGUUUCGAACGAAGGAAUAAGCUGGUGGACCAUGUUCUGCAGGCGUCUAGAGUCGUUCGAGGUCCGGUUCGGCGACCCUGCGGCUUGA